CGCGGCUCUGCGUCUCCUCGGAGCCGAGCGGUCUCCGCUGCGGCCUUCACCAUCCUUUCUUUCCCGGUGCCGGGGGCCCGGCUGACGCCGAGGCCGAAGCCUCCAGCGGCGGGAGGAAAUGGAGGUGGCGGCGGCGGCAGCGCGGCCGGGCGGCAGCGGCUGAGCGGAGGCGGGGAGGCGCCGCCGUUGCCGCCCGCAGCUGGGCGGGGCGGUGGGGGAUGCAGCAGCAGCCGGGGCCGCCUGAGCGGUCCGGCCGCGCUGCCAAGUGAAGCGGGCCGCGGCCGGAGCGGUGCCCCGCCGCUGGGGACCGAGGCUGCGGGGAGAGCGGCGCUGGAGGGCCGGGUAAUAGUGGUGGUUGUUAUGGAUGUGACUGCAAUUCUCUCGUCUUUCUGGUCUCUGAGUCCAGUCCUUGAGGAAGCAACAACUUUAUAUGGCUCAUGUCUGACAACAUGCACCACCAGUGGCUGCUGCUAGCUGCAUGCUUUUGGGUGAUAUUCAUGUUCAUGGUUGCUAGCAAGUUUAUCACUUUGACUUUUAAAGACCCUGAUGGCUACAGUGCCAAGCAAGAGCCAUUGAUACUGACAGCUGUGACAAAAGUGGAAGAGGUACAUGUGCCAGAGAAUAAAUAUUGGCCUGAAAAAUUCCAGCCAACUGGAAAAGCUUUUUCUGGAAAUCUGAUCCGCCAACCCCUGGUUCAUAUGGAAAGACUUGAGCUUCUCAGGAAUGUCUGCAGAGACACUGCAUUGAGAAAUCUCUCUCACACAGCAGUUUCCAAAUUCGUCUUGGACCGAAUAUUUGUGUGUGACAAGCACAAGAUCCUGUUUUGUCAGACGCCAAAAGUGGGCAACACUCAGUGGAAAAAAGUCUUGAUCGUUUUAAAUGGAGCAUUUUCCUCUAUAGAAGAGAUCCCAGAAAAUAUUGUACAUGACCACGAGAAGAAUGGCCUUCCACGCUUGUCCUCUUUCAGUGACUCUGAAAUUAAAAAACGACUGAAUUUAUACUUCAAGUUUUUUAUUGUUAGAGAUCCAUUUGAAAGACUCAUUUCUGCAUUUAAAGACAAGUUUGUGCACAAUCCUCGAUUCGAACCUUGGUACCGGCACGAAAUUGCUCCCGGCAUCAUCCGUAAAUACAGGAAGAAUCGCACAGAGACCAAAGGGCUGCAGUUUGAGGAUUUUGUGCGCUACCUGGGUGACCCAAAUCACCGCUGGCUGGACGUUCAGUUUGGUGACCACAUCAUUCAUUGGGUAACGUACGUGGAACUCUGCGCCCCUUGUGAGAUCACGUACAGUGUGAUUGGACACCAUGAAACCUUGGAGGAUGACGCUCCUUAUAUCUUGAAAGCAGCUGGCAUAGACCAUCUGGUGUCAUACCCCACGAUCCCACCAGGCAUAACAGUGUACAACAGAACAAAAGUAGAGCGGUAUUUUUCGGGCAUUAGCAAGCGAGACAUAAGACGCCUCUACGCGCGGUUCGAAGGGGAUUUUAAACUCUUUGGUUAUCAGGAGCCAGAUUUCUUGCUCAACUGACACCUAGGAUAAGCUCUGAAGAAGCGUCUCAUGGAUUAAUCUAAACCUGUGUGAAUACCAGCUGCAACACUGACAGAGCCGAGAGUGACCGUUUGUUUUCCAGCUUUUUGAUGUCGCUCCAUUUUUCAGUGAAAAAUUUGUCAUAUGAACAAGUAGGGGCUUAUGGUGGUUGUUUAUUGACCAUGUUUUCAACAUGUGACAUUGCAAUCUGUUAGGAAUGAAAUCUCUGUUAUCUGAAGUACAGAAUUCCACUUCUCCCCUCUUCCCUUCAGGAAACAAAGAGGGGGCAAGAAUAGCUGCGAUUGUCCCCUCCCUCUCCCAGACAGAAUGUCAUUUUUAAAAGGUUGUGAAGUAUUUAUAAAGAUAGCAGUUUCACUGCAAGUUAACUCUGA